AUGGCUACUGGCCGCCUCCGCCUCCGCACGGGUAUCCGGGCUACUGGCCACCUCCGCGCGAGGCAUCCAGAAGCAGGUCCCCUCGGAGGGACGGGAAGUGCCCCGGGCUACGGGUACACCUGCCGAUUCUUCAUCGGAAUCGACAACGAUGAUAAGUUCAAAGUUGCCAAGCGCAUCAUCGGUGCAAAUGGCAGCAACAUGAAGGAGAUCGUCAAAAAGUCGGGCGAUGUCGCCAAGCUGCGGCUGCGUGGCAAAGGUUCAGGCUUCGCCGAGCGCGACACGAACGAAGAGUCGCCAGAGCCGCUGCAGCUCUGCAUCUCCUGUCCCACCCAGCACGGCUACGAAAUCGCUCGGACGUGCGUUGAAGACCUUCUGCUAAACGUGUACGACGAGUACGAAGACUACUGCGAAGAGCAUGGUCUGGAGUGCGAACCGCCUAUCAUCCGAAUGACGGAGAGGCCGGUCCAGUCACACGCACACUUUGCCAUCACCACGGGUGCAAGCCAGAAAAGAGACAGAGAGAGAGAGGGUCUUGACAGAAGGGGCUAG